AUUUUUAAAAGUAGAGAGUAAACUGAAUAUCAAAACUUAGCUUAGGAAUAAAAAAGGGUUUAAACCGUUUAAAAAAAAUGAUGUUUGUAAAUAUUAGAGUGAGUUGUUGGGGGUUGAGACACUGACAUGACAAGGUGUCUUAGGUCUAUCUUCACAUGCCCAUUGUCCAACUCAUUCACCCACUCCAACCCUUCUUAUAAAACAUACACAGACCUUCUAAUUUUUAAUCCACCAUAAUUCUCUUCUUCAAAUCUCUUAUUCUCUCUCCAACACUCUCCCAUGGAGUUGCUCUAUCUACUGUACCUCGUCCCAACGUUGUACUCAUGUUUACUCAUCUGGAAAAUGUUGGAGGAGAGACGCGACAGGGAGUGUUACAUCUUGAACUACCAAUGCUACAAGCCCCCCAACGACCGCAUGCUGGGCACCGAGUUCUGUGGGAAACUCAUCAAACGCUCCGAAAACUUGGGUCCCAACGAGUACCGUUUUCUGUUGAAGGCCAUCGUCAGCUCCGGCAUCGGCGAACAGACUUACGCGCCAAGAAACAUCUUCGAGGGUAGAGAGGCAACGCCCACAUUGCACGACAGCAUCCAAGAGAUGGAAGAGUUCUUCAACGACGCCAUCGCUAAGCUUCUCGCCAAAUCCAAAGUCUCCCCCUCCGAGAUCGACGUCCUCGUCGUCAACAUCUCCAUGCUCGCCGCUCUCCCCUCUCUCUCCGCGCGCAUCAUCAACCGCUACAAGCUCCGCCACGACGUCAAGGUCUACAACCUCACCGGCAUGGGUUGCAGCGCCAGCCUGAUCUCCAUGGACAUUGUGAAAAACAUCUUCAAGACGCAGAGGAACAAGCUGGCCUUGUUGAUCACCUCGGAGUCCCUCAGUCCCAACUGGUACACCGGAAACGACAGAUCCAUGAUCCUCGCCAACUGCCUGUUCCGCUCCGGCGGCUGCGCGAUUCUCUUGACCAACAAACGGUCCUUGAAGGACAGAGCCAUGCUGCGGUUGAAGUGCCUGGUGAGGACGCACCACGGUGCCAGAGAAGAGGCUUAUGGUUGUUGUGUUCAGCGGGAAGAUGAGCAGGGAAGGCUAGGGUUUCACCUUGGGAAGACGCUUCCGAAGGCUGCCACGCGAGCCUUCGUUGAUAAUCUUCGAGUGAUAGCACCCAAGAUAUUACCCGUCCGUGAGUUGCUCAGGUUUCUGUUCAUGUCGCUUAUAAAAAAACUGAACAAGAACAACACUCCCAAGUCUGCGGUCACCGGAGCUACAAAAUCUCCGUUGAACUUCAGAACAGGGGUGGAUCACUUUUGCUUGCAUACGGGAGGAAAAGCGGUGAUCGACGGCAUUGGAAUGAGCUUGGAUCUGAGCGAGUACGACCUGGAACCGGCGAGGAUGACGCUGCACCGGUUCGGGAACACGUCGGCGAGUAGCUUGUGGUACGUGUUAUCGUAUAUGGAAGCGAAGAAGAGGUUGAAAAAGGGUGACACGGUGUUCAUGAUAAGCUUUGGAGCAGGCUUUAAAUGCAACAGCUGUUUGUGGGAGGUGAUGAAGGACCUGGGAGACCCAAAUGUGUGGGACGAUUGCAUUGAUGACUACCCACCAGAGACACUGGACAACCCCUUCAUGAAGACCUAUGGUUGGAUCAACGAGGUUGAAGACCCCUACACUUACGAAAAUAUCCCUGAUUUUCUCAAGUGAAUUACUGUUCCAAAAACCGACCCUCUUCAUUCUUUAGAUCUCUCCUUACAGGUGCAUUCAUGUAAUUGUGCAUUCAAUUUUUCUGUAAACUAUACACUUAUUAUUAUUAUUAUUAUUAUUGUUGUUGAACCCAGGCCUCUAGGGUUCAUUACCCAAUAACGUGUGCUGCUUCUAACACCGUCAAGAAGCUAGCCACACUGUCAGAAGGGUACUACAUAUGCUUUUUCUUUCUUUUUUUACUUUUACUUUCGUUUGCAUUAUUUGUUUCAAAUCUGUUAUAAUAACCCGUUUCUUUUUUCUUUCACACAAAAUCUAAUAACUUUUCCUAGCUU